AUGAUGGGGAGGCCUGUCGAUCCUCGCGCAGAACUCUCGAUCAGGCCCAAGAUAUGCUCAUCGACAAGGUUGGCUGCGGCUGACACCUUUGUCAAACGGACCGCGACGUCGACGAGGACGCCUUCUUCGACAUCAGUCGUCGACAUCGACAUCGACAUGAAAGGUGGUGGGGAAAGAGAUAUGUCCAUGUCUCUCGUCGUAAAGUCGGGGGAAGAAGGCGAAGGCGGACCAGACGACGACAUCGCCUCACUUGCUGAAUACUCCCAAGAGAAGCUGUACCGGGAAUUGCCCGGUUGCCGGCCAGAAGGUACAUCUGCUGGAGUGAAGACAGUCGACUGA